AUGCACCAAUCUGCUAAGUCUUCCACCACCUCCUCCUCAUCAUCAUCAUCGAGUAAAUCCAAAAAGGGUUCACCAGCUUUGAUUCCAGAUAAGUUCCAGAAAUUUCCUUUGAUUUCCAAGACCCAAGUAUCCCAUAACUCUGCUAUCUACAGAUUUGGUUUGCCAAACCCAACUGAUACAUUGAACUUGCCUAUUGGACAACACAUUUCUAUUGGAACCAUUAUUGACGGUAAGGAAGUUGUUCGUUCAUAUACGCCAAUUUCUUUGGGUGACCAACAGGGACAUUUCGACUUGUUGAUCAAGACAUAUGAAAAUGGAAACAUUUCAAGACACGUUGCUGAAAAGCAAGUUGGUGAUUUCGUCGAGAUUAGAGGUCCAAAAGGGUUCUUUACUUAUACUCCAAACAUGAAGAAAUCAUUGGGUUUGAUUGCUGGAGGUACUGGUAUUGCACCAAUGUAUCAAAUCAUUACUGCUAUUAUGAACAACCCUGAAGACAAGACCAAAGUUCACUUGUUGUAUGCCAAUGUCACUGAGAAUGAUAUCUUGUUAAGAGACGAAUUGGAACAGUAUGCUAAGGAACAUCCAGAUAGAUUGAAGAUCCACCAUGUAUUAAACGAGGCACCAGAAGGCUGGCAACACCUGACCGGGUUUGUCACUCCUGAGUUGAUUGACAAACACUUGCCAAAGCCAAGUGCUGACACCAACUUGUUAUUGUGCGGCCCACCACCUAUGAUCAGUGCAAUGAAGAAAGCCGCAGUCAGUUUGGGCUUUGACAAGGCUAAGCCAGUAAGUAAAUUGGGUGACCAAGUCUUUGUUUUUUAA